GCGGACGUGCAGCUGGAAUAAACAUCAACUUGCAUCCCACUCCAGUGUAAGCGCAACGUUCCCUGGGGCAAGGUCCCACUUGCGCAAAUUAGGAGAUAUCGGCCGUUGAUCUUCGCUAUCUACGGUCAGUAUCUCUUAAUUCGUGCAAGUGGGACCUACUAGUAGCCCCAUCGUAACUGCAAACUGCGUUCGCGUUUGCUUCCUUUCCUAAUCGGGACACACCACACAACGCGUGCUGUUGGCACGAAGCGGGAUUGAUUAGCUGAUGCCUGCGUGACAGUGCUGACCGAGCCGCAUGAGCAGCAGCAGCUGCUGAUCGUCUCUCGUCUGUGUAUUUUACUCUCUUGCCAUGUCCUGUUCCACUGGCAGCUGGCCACAUUGCCCUCUCUCCUCACAGAUGGCAGCUCUCAUAAACAAGCAAGGGUCUUAAGGGGCACAUCUGAAGAGACCGCCAUCUCGUCAGAUCUUGCCGAUCAUCAUCAUCAUCAUCAUCAUCAUCAGUAUCAUCAUCAUCAUCAUCAUCAUCAUCAGCAGCAGAAGCAGAAGCAGCAGCAGCAGCAGCUGUAAAGAAGAGGCCUUGCGACUCGUGCGACAGCAGCCGACCUAUAAGCAACUUGAUGUGCAGAAGGAAGGAAGGAAGGAAGGAAGGAAGGUCUGGGCGCACUCCAGCUUAUUUCACUAUAUUGUCGCCGACUUUUCGCUGACCGAUUUUUUUUUUUUUUUUUUUCUCUUCUCUUUUGUGCGCUGAUUAAUUCAUUCUGCCGCUGCCGCGCCUCCGCCGCCGUCUCCGCCGCCGCCGCCGAUCUCUCUGCCUUGGGUUUGUUGUAGUCGUGCUUGUGGUUUGGCAUCCGUGGGAGAGAGGGAGGUGACUUCCCACGCUGCGUCUGAUCGCCCAUUUCCGUCGAUUGAUUGGCCAGAUCCCGACUUGAGAGGGCUGUCAAAUCAGCAGCAGAUGGAGCGAGCGGAAGGGCAACGGAAACAAGGAGGAGUGGAGGGAGAGAGGUGUGGAAAUGAAGAUGGAGGAGGAGGAGGAGGAGGAGGAGGAGGAGGAGGAGGGGGGUUGGAAAUAGGAGAACCACCUCCACAAGCACCUCCACACGGAAGAGUUGCUUCAACCUUGUCCAUACAGAGGGAGGAGAUUGGUAUGGGACGGACAGAACGGCGGCAAUCUCGUGAUGAGGUCGGGAUCCCGACGGCAAGCACGGCGCCUGCGACCGAUGAGGUCAGACGUGGGGGGGGGGGGGGGGGAAGGGCAUGUGGUAUCGGUGGCGGUGGCGGCGGCGCCGCUGCUAAGCAGCAGCAGGCCGCCUCCUCCUCCCCUUUGGCGCCAAAUCGCAAGAGUAUUCGUAUCAACGGAUGGCUCAUCGAGAGUGUGAAAGGGUCCAUCCUGCGAUGCCACGAGGUGGAGGAGUGGAGCAGGCUGCUGAGGACCAAUCACCUUCCAGAGAUGGUUUUUGGCGGGAGCUCUCUGAAUCUGACACACGAGGCCAGCGGGGUGGUACUCAGCUUCAACGCGCUGGAUGCUUUGCGCGGCUGGCGCGCGGAGAACCUGCCACCUGUCGAAGUUCCUGCAGCCGCUCGAUGGAAAAUGCGUACCCGGCCAAGCCGUCAGAUCAUACUUGGCUAUGACUACACCUUCACGACUCCAUACACGGGAAGCGUCUGUCUGCGCCCUCCUUCCUCCUCUCUUUCUCCCUCCUCCUCCUCCUCCCCCCUCCAUGAGGAGGAGGAGGAGGAGGAGGCGGAGAAGACGGGCAAGGAUUGCUAUGUGGAGACUUUGGAGGUGAAGGAUUUGAAGUUAGCGGGGAAGCAAUCUGGCACUAGCCGACAAAUUGGACGGUGCUUCCCGGAGAGUGGUCCUGAGGAGGGAGGAAGAGGAGGAGGAGGAGGAGGAGGGGUGCCUGGAUGGAGAGAGAGUGGUUUCCCCUCCUCGUUAAGAGGGGUGCCUGCGCAAAUAUGUAGAGAAGGUGGGAGGGAGAUAGUAGGAGAAGGGAUAGGAAGUGGUUUGUGCUCGCUAGACGGCGCUUUAGCGGGGGGGGCUGCUGGGGGAUUAGGAGAAUCUGAGACGCAGAGGAGGAGAGGCGAUGAUGGCGGCGGCGGCGGGGAGGCUGCCGAAGUACUUGCAGGGGGCGAGAAGGCGAUCGAGUGUUCAGGCUGUAGUAGGAUGGGAGCAGGAGAAGACGGGAUGCGUUUGGCGCGAGCAGAGGGGGAAGAAGCGGUUGUGACCUUGAUGUCGUCGAGUUCCAGGGAAGAUAAGAAAAAGGCGGGAAAAAAAGGCGGGAAGUUUGAAGGGAGAAAAUUCGGAGACUGGGUUUCGUCAAAAUCUAGGGCCGACAAGGAGGAGGCUGAAGAAAGUGGGGUAGUAGUAGUAGUUGUCGACCGGGAGGAGAGAGGCAAUGAGGAGGAGGCAAAGGGAGGCGGGGGAGAAGGGGAGGGGGGCCGGGAGGGAGAGUUGCCUUCGUCGGGAAAAAGAGAUGGAAGUGGCGGCACCGCCUCCGCCUCCGCCUCCGCCUCCCAUUCCGAAGGGGAGGGAGGGAUACCAGCAGGACGCGUUGGGUUGGGAGAAGGAAGGGUAGGGAUGCCAGGGUCGGGAUCGGGAUCGGGAUUGGGAUUGGCGGGAACGAAGGUCGGCGCAGGGAACAAGGGCGAGUCGGCCGCCUCCGCCUCCGCCUCCGCGUCCGCCGCCGCCCACGUGCGGGAGCGGGGGAAGCAGCAGCAGCAGCAGCAGGUGGUGGUGCUCCAGCGGGCGAAGCAGCGGCGGGCGGGAUGGGAGAGUUGUGAGGAGAGGAUCGACCUCGCGGUGCUUAGGGCGAGAGUGCCCAUUCUCUUCUAUGAUGAGGUGGUCUUGUACGAAGAUGAGCUGGCGGAUAACGGGAUCGCACUGCUGACAGUGAAAGUUAGGGUGAUGCACACGUGCUGGUUCGUGCUUCUGAGGUACUGGCUGCGAGUGGAUGGCGCUUUGAUGAGAAUAAGAGACACUAGGGUUUUUUGUGCGUUCGAUGACGUCAACGACACGACGGAGGAGCUGGUAGAGUUAUUGAAGCUGUGCGACGCCUCCCUGCUGUGCGACGUUCGCACAGUGCCGCGCUCUCGGCGCAAUCCCCAGUUCAACAAGUCAGAAAGUUUCAUUGCGGUGCUGGCAAGUCACGGGAUCGAGUAUAGGCACAACAAGAAGUUGGGUGGUUUACGUAAACCUAAGGGACAAAACACCAUCCCCGCCGCAGCAGCCUCUUGUUCUUCCUCGAGAAGCGACACCUCCUCCUCUUCGUCUUGCUCGAGAAAUGAUGUGUUGAAAACAGAACAGGACGAUGGAGGGUUGAAAGAAGAUGGAGGGCUUCGAGGGUUCAUCGAGUACAUGGACAGUGACGGGUUCCGCGUGCAAAUUUCUUCUGUCGUUGAAGCCACAAGGUCAGGAGGCCGAUGCGUAGUGAUGUGUGCAGAGGUCGCACCUUGGAGAUGCCACAGAUUGCUCAUUGCUGACGCACUCGUGGCGCGCGGUGUUCAUGUCACACACCUCAUCGUCAAAGGCAAAGAGUUGCCGCACAAAUUGUCGCCCGGGUGUAUGUUGAGUCCAAUCGGCGAGGUGAGGUACCCUCUUGAUGACUUGUCCCGAUGGGAGAGCGGGAUGGUGUCGAUGUGGGAGGAGGAGGAGGAGUGCAUGUAGCUGGGCAUGCUCACACGCGGAUUUCCGGGACGUAUCUGGCCCUGAUAUCGACAAAAUUCUGUCAGAAAAUUUGCCAGUGGGAGAGUGUCUCUUGACGAUACGCUUGCCCUUCAACUGAGCGCACAGCUGACACCGUACUUGAUCAUACACCUGCCCUUCAAAUGAGCACACAGCUGACACCGUACUAGGUAUAACAUAGCACGCAAGUACACGGUACAAAGUACAACAUAGCUCGCAAGGACACGGUACAAAGGAUACCAUGGCAUGCAAGUACACGGUAUGAAGUACAACAUAGCACGCAAGUAUAGGGUAUGAAGUAUAACAUAGCGCUUAAGUUACAUGUAUUGUGCCGCGCGGAGGAGUACACACAGCAGUACGAGGUGCUACAAUUAGACGGGACUAGUCACAUGCUAUGCUAAUGUGCAUAUACUCUGUGCUAUCUAUGUACGGUAAAAAUUCUGGAUUGUGCCCAUCUCAACUACUGAACUGCCAUGAGGUGCAGUGCUCCCAGCUGUGAGUCAGACUUCAUCUGGUGAAAAUGUUCACAAUUGUCCCCUUGGUGUGUGUGUGUUGUGAUGUUUGUGAAACACAACUCAACCCAAAGUACCAGAAUGUUCAUCGGACUUUUACUAUCAUGUUUGCCAUACACAGCUCCACCACAGAGAGAGAGAGAGAGAGAGAGAGAGAGAGAGAGAGAGAGAGAGAGAGAGAGAGAGAGAGAGAGAGAGAGAGAGUGUUCACUAUAUAAAAAUCCACCCAAAAGCACGACUGUGCCAGGCUGUUUCGUCUUACUCUUAGCAACCCAUCA